AUGUCACACUUAGUUGGAAGUCGUCCUCUGGAACUAAUAACUGUCUCAGUCUGUCACCUGUACUGGAGAGUGUCAUAUUGUACUAGAAGUCAGCUAUUGUUUUUAGUACAGUUUUUGUUGUACAAAAUGAUUCAGGCAAGACAGUUUUGCUGUUUGUUAUCAGUACUUCUGUUUGGGAAUGUGGCUUCUGAAUGGAUGGAACUGCCAAUGAUGUCACCCACAAAAAUCUUAACCACUCAAUCUCCAAACAAAGUCAAUAUGGCUUCAUUUCAAACCGCUACACAAAUAUCUACUGAAAUGCAAGAAAUCGUUGAUACAACUUCCCCAGAGGAUUUUUCAAAUGAAACUGGACAAAUCAAGAUUACAAAAAACAGUUUUAAAAUAGUACCAAGUAAUGAAAAAUAUCAAAGUCAUGGUGUUGAUGGCUUCUCAGAUUUUACUAAUUACAAUAAUAAAUCUUACACGAGUGAUCAGAGCAAUAUUAGUGAUGAUAUGUUUGUUAUUGAGCAAACCAUUAAAGAAACUCAACACAAUUUUGUUGUAAAGCCUACAAAGGGAAAUAUAGAAGAAAAGUUAAAUAAUCUAAAACAGUUAAAACAUAAACUACAAUCUCAACUAGAAUGGAAUAUUAAAAACCUUUGGAUCGACCGCCAGGCCCGUGGCAAGAAACUGAUGACGUUUCCCUCUUUGGAAGGAGCAUUGAUGACAAUAGCAUUUUUAACUUUUGCAGUCUUCCUUAUUAAAUUAGUCAUGCAAUUCAUUCAAGGGCUCCAAAAUGCUGAACAAACAAUAUUAAUGACCUUAGCAUCUACUCCAGCACCGGUCCGCCUAAGCCAAAGACCAAAGAGAGCUGCACAAAAUCUAGCUGCUGCUCAAAUUCUUAAAUAUAUUGAUGAAUUUAGUAUUAAACAUCGAUUUGAUUGUGAUUUCCAAUAAAUCAUAAAAAAUUAAUAUGGA